AUGCCCGGUUCGAGCAACGUUUUGGGACUUAUUGGUCCAAAGAGAAACACUAGAAUAGCCCAAAGCAAAAAUCCGAAGAAAAACCCUAAAAUACCUCAAACCAAAAAUACAAAGAAAAGCCCUAGAACAUUCCAAACUAAAAAUCCAAAGGAAAACCCUAGAAUACCCCAAACCAAAAAGACGAAGGAAGACCCUAGAAUACCUGAAAGCAAAAAUCCGAAGGAAAACCCUAGAAUAGCCCAAACCAAAAAUACAAAGAAAAACCCUAGAACACUCCAGACUAAAAAUCCGAAGGAAAACCCUAGAAUACCCCAAACCAAAAAUACAAAGAAAAACCCUAGAACACUCCAGACUAAAAAUCCGAAGGAAAACCCUAGAAUACCCCAAACCAAAAAGACAAAGGAAGACCCUAGAAUACCUCAAAGCAAAAAUCCAAAGAAAACACCUAGAAUACCCCAAACCUAA